UUGACUAUAAUGAUCCGGAUUAACUUUGAGAACAGGACGCAGCAGAUCUGGAAGAGGGGGAGAAGGAAAGAUUGACGCCCCUUCUUCAGAUUCGAUUAGUUGAUAUAUACUGGGCAUAGUUCUCCUACAACUCCGUCCACAAACUGUAGUUACCACGAGAAACGAGAGUUGAACUAUUCUGAGCCGUAUUUCACAGCAAGCAAUGAAGGCAUCGAAGAACGACAGCCAAGGUUCCAUCCUGCAAACAAAAAGAUGCAGAGAUCUGAUGUUAAUCUCUGCCUUGGGAGUGUUGGCGAUUGGCUGCGGCACCCUGUACGGGCUAAUGGAGCAGAACUGGGCGUUGAUGUCGCCUACACGAGAAAGAGUCUUGUUCGUAGCGUGUCUGCUCGUCAUAUCCAGUUUCAUUUUAUGCUAUUACAUAAUAAAAGCCAGUCAACAUAAGAUGUUGGAUGAGGAGACUGCCACCAACACUGAAAUCGUCUGCCUCUUAAUCGACAAACCGCCAAGUUACGAAUCGAUCGCUGAAACGCCUCCACCGUCGUACAAAGUCGCAAUCGCCGAAAUGUACAUCGUUCCGUGUCACAUCCAGCGAUCUUAGAGGAAAAAUCAACUUUCUGAUUAAAAUGCCAAAUUGGGUGAUACCGGAACAACAAAUCCGGGCCAGAAUUUUGAAACGCUUUCGAUUUCUAAUAAUAUUUUACCACGAGAUUUAAACUAGUAAGAACCCGCAUUUAACUAGUUAUGUCUCCCGUAACAUUAUUUAAACUAAAUAUGUAAAUGCGGCCUUACUAAGAAACUCUUAACGAAUUGAGGUACAAAGGUUGUCAUUUUUGUUAGAAUUUCUAUUGUGUAUGAACAAAACGUAUACCUCUUAACUUAGCUUUCGAAAAAAAUCAGCGUCCGGAUUAAAUAACCAUAAUCUUGGUAAAUGAGCUUUCUUCAAACACUUAAUGUGCUAAUAAGUUAAUAUAUGUUUGGCUGGCAUAUGACUAGCGGAACCACAAUGCAGAAGGCUCGCGGUUUAUUUAGACGGUACCAUGAAAAAAAAUAUACAUGUUAAGAUCAAAAAACUAUGGAAACGUACCUGUUGAAACAUGUUGUUACUACUACUUUGGUUUAUGUGUAUAUUUGGUUUUCCUAUCUACUGUAUCUUCCAGUUUAUUUAUUUUUCUCUUCCUAUACGUCUAAGUGUCGUUUAUCUGAAUACUUCGAAAUGUAAUUAAUUAAACGUGUAUUUAAUGUAUUGUUUCACUAUGUAUGUAUUCAUGAUUUCAAAUGACAAAUACAAUGCAAAAGUAAUUAAGCUACGAUAAUUGUAAUCUUGAUAUUCAAGUUAAAAAUGUUUAUUCGUUAAGUUUUAGAAUUAAAAAAAUGUUUAUAACAAAGAAUAAACGAGAAAAA